UCUGCUGCUGCGUUUCAACGCUGUAACCCUAGCCUCCAUCCCCUUCCCCUGUUUCCCACUUUCCCUUCCCAUUCCCAAACGGUUUUGAGUUGAGAGACCACCAUCACCAUCACCAUGGCACCAUGACUCCAUCCCCUGCUACUCGCCUACUCUGCUUCAGCUUCAGGCUUUCAGCCACGUCGUUGCCCCGUUCAGCUUCAACCACGCGGCACUCACCUCACCACCGCAUCCAGAGCAGUGCGCCACUCACCACCGCCAAGAAGCACGUCCACGGUCCAUCGAAGAUUGAACAUUGAAGUCGCCUCCUCGUCGCUCCUCGCUCCAGGUCUCCCUCUUCUCUGCUCGACGCUCGUCGCUCUAUCCCUCCAGGUCCAGGGUCCAGCCGUGCAGCUGGGAUAGUCGCCGAGGGACUGAGUCACUGAGGCAUAAAGAUGAGAUCUGUAGCGGUUGCAAUAAGUAUAUAGAGUUGGAAUUCGCUCUUCUCUAAUUCACAACUCUUAGUCGAAAAUGGAGUACAGGAAAAUCAGGGAUGAGGGUGAUGAUAGGGAGACCGGCAUCCAGGACGUUGAGAGUUUACGUGAAAAAUCGGUUUUGCUGUCCGGUGCAGUCCUAGACAACCGUUUGGCCUCCGUGGGAGAAACCAAAACCGAUAGCCACAGGGCGAAAGCAAAGUGGAAACUCAAGUCAGUUGUUACACUUGCAUUGACUAUUCUUACUAGUUCGCAAGCCAUUCUAAUCGUUUGGUCCAAGAGAGCUGGCAAGUACGAGUAUAGUGUAACCACCGCAAACUUUCUGGUGGAGACUUUAAAAUGUGCUAUAUCCCUUGUGGCCCUUGCAAGAAUAUGGAAAAAGGAAGGUGUCACCGAGGACAAUCGGUUGAGCACCACAUUAGAUGAAGUUAUAGUGUAUCCCAUUCCAGCAGCACUUUACCUUGUCAAAAAUUUGCUUCAGUAUUACAUUUUUGCAUAUGUAGAUGCUCCUGGCUAUCAGAUAUUAAAAAACUUGAAUAUUAUCAGUACAGGUGUUCUCUACCGAAUUAUACUCAAGAAGAGGUUAAGUGAGAUUCAAUGGGCUGCUUUUAUUCUACUGACUGCUGGUUGCACUACAGCCCAGUUGAAUUCAAAUUCUGAUCGUGUUCUUCAAACUCCCUUUCAAGGUUGGGUGAUGGCAAUUGUAAUGGCACUCUUGAGUGGUUUUGCAGGAGUAUAUACCGAGGCUAUUAUUAAGAAGCGCCCUUCACGAAACAUAAACGUUCAGAACUUCUGGCUUUAUAUCUUUGGCAUGGGCUUCAAUGCUAUUGCAAUACUGGUUCAAGAUUUUGAUGCUGUGAUGAACAAGGGAUUCCUCCAUGGAUAUUCGCCCAUUACUGUUCUCAUGAUUUUCAAUCAUGCACUCAGUGGAAUUGCUGUAUCGAUGGUGAUGAAGUAUGCUGACAAUAUUGUGAAGGUGUACUCUACUUCGGUGGCAAUGCUUCUUACGGCAGUGGUUUCUGUCUACCUUUUCGGAUUUCAUCUCUCCCUUGCAUUUUUCCUUGGUACAACUGUUGUCUCUGUUGCGAUUUAUCUGCAUUCUGCCGGGAAGAUCCAAAGAUAGCUGUAACUACCACCUGGUUCUUUUGACCCCAUUUCAUAUUCAUACAUUUUCAAAUUGUUAAUUAAAUAUCAUAGUAGUGUAUAUUUUGACGAGUUUAAUUUUCAUGUAUGGACAUUGUAAAACGUUUUACAUAGUCAUGCAAUUACAAUCAUUAUCAUUCACGUAGUAAAUGUAAGAGUUAUUUUUGCUAA